CACUACGACAUUGGUAAUGCUAAUGAAUCCAUUCUGUAUAAUCAAGAAUCAUAUAUGUUUGUAGUGGAUGUCACCUAGCUACUCCAAUAAAAAUAAACGAAUUUGUUUUAUUAUGACGAGAGUAUAUUGCCAUUGCCACUAUACCAAAAUCUAAAUCUGGAUCUGUGUCUAUGUUUUGUAUGGUUGGAUGCUAGUAGAACUACUAAAUAUUAUGCACUUAUGAAUAUUAAAUAGAGUUGGUGUAAAUAACCAAAUGUUGUGUAUGUGAUCAGAUAUAUGUAUCAGAUGUAUCAUUUGUUCCCACUGGAUCACACUGUCUUCUCGGAUACCUUCCAACCAAAACACAUUAGCAAAACAACAAGAGUCUCUCUCUUUCUCUCUACUCGUGUUGUAUACUAUAUAUAUUAUCGACAGUGAUCUAACUUCCACUGUCUUUCGAUAUUUUUUCAUGGCUCCUCUUCCUUUAAUACCGAACCAAACCCAAUCGCAAACGCGUUUAUUUUCUUCAGACCCAAAGAAGAAGAAGAGCAGAAAGAAGCAAACUCCUCUCCCUCAGACACAAACACAAACGCAAACUCUGAAGAAAAAGACGGUACAGUCAUCAUCGUCGUCAUGGAGCCAGAUAAAGAACCUUUUGAGUUGCAAACAAAUAGAAGGGCCACGAGUGCACGAACCAUCAAAGAUUACGUCAUCAUCUUGCGGCUCUUCUCUAUGUAAGUUUAGUGAUGUUAUUUACGGUAACGCCCGCGUGAUUCAUCGCUCAGAUCACUCGCCGGGGAGUAGCAAUCUGGGUCAGGAUGCCGGACUCUUGACCAGAAAACCUGUCACCCGUGGAUCUUCUUCAACGGUUAGAUCUAACGGUUGUGGAGCUUACACGUCAUAUUCCUCUUCCAAAGCGAUGCAAUUCAGAAAACUCUCUGGUUGCUAUGAGUGCCACAUGAUUGUUGAUCCAAGCAGGUAUUCAGUUUCACCAAGAAUAUGUGCAUGUCCACAAUGUGGGGAGAUCUUCCCUAAGCUUGAAACUCUAGAGCAUCAUCAAGCAAUUCGUCAUGCCGUGUCGGAGUUGGGGCCAGAGGAUUCAGGACGAAACAUAGUGAACAUCAUCUUCAAAUCUAGCUGGUUACGUAAGGACAGUCCAAUCUACAACAUCGAACGGAUAUUAAAAGUCCACAACACUCAGCGCACGAUCCAACGGUUUGAGGAUUGUCGGGACGCAGUCAAAUCCCAUGCACAUGCCUCCACCAGAAAAGAGCCUCGUUCAGCAGCGGACGGCAACGAGCUACUCCGUUUCCACUGCACCACCGUUUCUUGCUCGCUCGGCUCCCGCGGUUCAACAUCUCUAUGCUCCAACUUUCCUGGCUGCCGUGUCUGCACCAUUAUCCGCCACGGCUUCCACGCCAAAACGCUGCGUUUAGGCGGUGGGGCCAAUGAGAUAAAGGGAGUGAGGACCACGGCGAGCAGCGGAAGAGCACACGAUGCAUCGAGGUGCUUUGACCAGAGGAGAGCGAUGCUUGUCUGUCGUGUGAUUGCCGGAAGAGUGAGGCGCGUGCAGAGCGAUGCACAGGAAGAUGAAAAUGGUUCUGGCUCGUAUGAUUCUGUUGCGGGGCCCGCUGGGGUCUACACAAACCUCGAUGACUUGGUUGUGUUUAAUCCCAAAGCUAUACUUCCCUGCUUCGUAGUAAUCUACAAAGUUUCCGAGCCUUAAAAAAGAAAUUGCACUUUGGAAUGAUUGGAUUUGUAAGUUUUAGUGGAAUGUGUGAAGCAAAGAAUUGUAAUAUUUAGGAAAAAAUAUUAAUUGUGUAUGGUGGUGUGGCCUAGUCAAGACUACUCAAGAGCAAAGGACUAGUGUUUCCUUUUCUUUUCGUUUCAUUUUAUAAUUUCCACUUAACAUUUAACA